AUGCGUUGCAUUAAGAACAAGAUCGAGCACAAUGGCUCUGGCGCAGUUACUCUAUGCCCAGACGAGCCCGAAGACAUGUGGCAUGCGUACAAUCUGAUCCGACCUGGUGACAUUCUUCGAGCAAGCGCAAUUCGUCGCGUCACCACAGUUCAAGAUACCGGGUCCACUAGUUCGGCGCGCGUUCAUCUCAACCUUGUCAUCCGCGUCAAAAACCUCGACUUCGAUCCGCAGAGCUCCCAGCUCCAUGUCUCCGGGCAGAUUAUCAACGAAACACAGCACACAAAGAUUGGCCAGUUCCAUACCCUUGAUCUAGAGUUGAACCGAAACUUCACAUUAGAGAAAGAGGCUGGCGCAAAUGGAGAAGGUGUCGGCUGGGACAGCAUUGCCAUUGAAUCGCUCAAGGAUGCUGUGGACGAGGGUGGUAAGCGUCGUGCAGAGGCUAUCGCAGUAGUCAUGCAGGAGGGGCUUGCGCAUAUCUGCUUUAUCGGUCAGUUCCAAACGAUAAUGAAGCAAAAGAUCGAAAUGUCGGUGCCCCGGAAACGACAGGGAGGAGGGGAUCACGAUAAGGGCAUGAACAAAUUUUACAAAACCACUCUCGAAACUCUGCUUCGCCAAAUGGAAUUCAAUACCAGUGUUACUUCAGGCGCUAAUAAUGAAGCUGUGCGGCCCGUCCUUCUUGCCUCGCCUGGGUUCGUCGCCGCUGGAUUCCACAAAUAUAUUCAGUCAGAGGCUUCAACAACAACCCCGGGAUUGAGACGACUUCUUCCAAGCGUUGUGGUCGUACAUUCAGCGUCCGGGUACACGAAUUCACUAUCAGAGGUGCUGCAAUCACCCGCAGUGAAGACUCUUCUAGCCGAUACCAAGUAUGCCCGUGAGACAAAGUUGAUGGACGACUUCCUCGAGCAAUUACGGAAAGAGACCAACAAGGCAACAUAUGGGCCUCGUGAAGUUGAGUCCGCGGUUGACCAAGGUGCUGUCGGGCGAGGUGGGGGUGUACUCAUUGUCUCAAAUCGCCUGUUUCGGUCACAGGAUAUCGCCGAGCGCAAACGCUGGGUGUCGCUUGUGGAUCGUGUUCGUGAUGUUGAGGGCGGCGAUGUGCGGAUUCUUAGCUCCGAUCAUGAAAGUGGGAAACGUCUCGAAGGGCUCGGUGGCAUCGCUGCGCUCUUAACAUUCCCUAUCAUAGAAGAGGAUCUAGACUCUGAUGCAGAAUAA